AUGUCGAAAAUUGGAAUAAAUGGUUUUGGUCGUAUUGGUCGUCUCGUUUUAAGAGCAUCGAUUGAAAAAAAUGCACAAGUCGUUGCCGUCAAUGACCCCUUCAUUAAUUUAGAUUAUAUGGUGUACAUGUUUAAAUAUGAUUCGACUCACGGACAAUUUAAAGGAAAUGUUUAUUCAGAUGGAAAGAAUCUUGUCGUUGAAAAAGUUUCUGAAUGCGAAGAUGGAAAACAAGUUGUUAAAAGCAAAUAUGUCAUUCAAGUAUUUUCCGAAAGAGAUCCAAAAGCAAUUCCUUGGAAAAGUGCUGGAGCUGAAUACAUAGUAGAAUCGACUGGAGUUUUUACAACUGUCGAAAAAGCCUCUGCUCAUUUAGAAGGAGGUGCUAAAAAAGUAAUCAUUUCAGCUCCCAGUGCAGAUGCACCCAUGUUUGUUGUUGGUGUUAAUUUGGAUGCAUAUGAUCCAAGUUACAAAGUUAUUUCAAAUGCAUCUUGCACAACAAACUGCCUUGCUCCAUUAGCAAAAGUUGUUCAUGACAACUUUGAAAUAGUAGAGGGUUUAAUGACCACAGUUCAUGCUAUCACAGCCACUCAAAAAACAGUCGAUGGACCUUCAGGGAAAUUAUGGAGAGAUGGACGUGGUGCUGCUCAAAAUAUCAUACCAGCUUCAACUGGAGCUGCUAAAGCUGUCGGUAAAGUGAUUCCUGCUUUGAAUGGAAAACUGACUGGUAUGGCAUUCAGAGUGCCUGUUCAUAAUGUUUCAGUAGUUGAUUUGACUGUCAGAUUGGGCAAACCGGCUACAUAUGACGCCAUUAAAGAAAAAAUAAAAGAAGCUUGUGCUGGACCAUUAUCUGGAGUUAUGGCUUACACAGAAGAUGAAGUUGUUUCAUCUGAUUUCAUUGGAAGUAAAUAUUCAUCUGUAUUCGAUGCCAAAGCUGGUAUACAGUUGAAUGAUAAAUUUGUCAAAUUGGUAUCUUGGUACGACAAUGAAUUUGGUUAUUCCAACAGAGUUGUCGACCUCAUCAAAUACAUUCAAACAAAGGAUAACUAA